UAAACGAAAGCAACACCUUACCCUCCCUCUAUUUCCCCAAUUUAGACGGUCCCUUCGAAUUAAAAAAAAUAAAAAAAAGGGGCUUAGCAGCCUUAGCUCAUUCUCGUAUCCUUCUUUCUCUAUGAAGCCCCCAAAAGAAACAGAAAAUCAUCACGAUCGAUCUUAGUGAAAUUCACAAAUUGACAUCAACGCUCGAAGUAAACCAUUCAGAAACGCAAGAUUUACAGUCGCAAAGAUCAGGCCUAAAGGUCGCCAUGUAUGUCUAAAUUGCUUGAAAGCUUACUUGUCAGACAGUAACUUCCUGUAAACAACCUGAGGAUAAUUGGCUCUUUAGCAAAUGGAAAAAGGAGCACCGUCCAGUCUGUUUGUUAAUGAUGGUUCAUUCAUGGAGAAGUUUAAACAACUUCAGCAAGGGAAUGGGAAGGAACAGGAAAAGGAUAAGGGGGCUGCAGAAAAGGAUUCUAAACCCAAAACAAUUGUUUCAGGGUCUGUGACGCCCAAACCUUCUUUUGGUAAAGUAACUAUGCAGUUGAAGGCUAACGAUGGACGAAAGACCCCACCGACUGCUUCGGGUGGCAAACUUGCUUUCAGCUUGAAACAGAAGUCAAAGCUUAUGGCACCUGCGGUUAAGUUGGGUGAAGAUGAGGAGGAUGAAGAUGAAGUUGAUGCUGUAAAUGCUUCAGGUGAUGUGUCGGCAAAGAGGCAGAAGUUGGGUCAAUUGGAUACCUCUGAACAAUCAUCGAGACGAUUGGAUGUUGCACCACCUCCCCCAAGUGAUCCCACUGUGAAGAAUGUUGCAGACAAACUAGCAAGUUUUGUUGCUAAACAUGGAAGGCAAUUUGAGAAUGUUACACGCCAAAAGAAUCCUGGAGAUACACCAUUCAAAUUUUUAUUUGAUGAGAAUUGUGCAGACUUCAAGUACUAUGAGUAUAGGCUCGCUGAAGAAGAAAAGGCUCUUUCACAGAGCAGGGAUUCUCAAAUCUCUUCUAGUGGUGGUACAAGUACUUCGGCAUCUAAAUCCACAGGUAGUUAUCAGAGCUUGCAGCAGCAGCAUUCAAAUUACCAAAUUCCCGCUUCAGCUCUAUACGAUGAUGCUGAAGAGCUAAAGGGUUCGAUGUCAACAUCUUCAGGAAGAACUGGUGAAUCUAGUGCACCAGCAGGUACAGAUCCUAUAGCAAUGAUGGAGUUCUACAUGAAGAAGGCUGCUCAUGAAGAGAGGAGGAGACAACCUAAACAUUCUAAGGAUGAGAUGCCUCCUCCUGCUUCCCUUCAAGGUCUUUCCAAAAAAGGUCAUCACAUGGGUGACUACAUCCCACCAGUAGAGCUUGAGAAGUUCUUGUCUACUUGUAACGAUGCAGCUGCACGAAAGGCUGCUACGGAGGCUGCAGAAAGGGCAAAGAUCCAGGCUGAUAAUGUUGGGCAUAAACUCUUGUCCAAAAUGGGCUGGAAAGAAGGUGAGGGUCUAGGGAGCUCCAGAAAUGGUAUUUCAAAUCCGAUCAUGGCUGGUGAUGUAAAGAAGGAUCACUUGGGUGUUGGUGCUCACAAUCCUGGGGAGGUGACUGCUGAUGAUGAUAUAUAUGAGCAGUACAAGAAGCGGAUGAUGCUUGGUUACCGUCACCGGCCGAACCCCCUGGUAUUAUCCCUUGUUUCUCUUGUUCUCCCUUUUCAUGUAUUUGAUGUUUGUUAUUAGUUUAAUAAAUUAGUCCAUUAUAUCCUCCUUGGAAUUGCAAGUUCAAUUACUACAAGGCUAGCCUUGUUCUGAUGAUCUCCCGUUUCCCAUUGGCAGAACAACCCUCGAAAAGCAUACUACUGAGCAAUAUUUCAUGCAAGCUGUUUGUUUGUAGACUGUCUUUAAGAAAUAAUCAGGUGUCGAAUUGCUUAUUAUGCUAUUGGAUUGUACCCUGUGACAGAAUGGGAGUUGUCUAGAGUUUGCUAUGUGUGGAAUCAGUGCUCAAGGAUAAUUCCUUCACAUUCUUUUUCUGCUUUCAUUUUAUUAGUGGUGCAGUAUCGGCAAGGAAACGAUCUUCUGCUUUCAUUUUA